UUGGUGAGUCCGAGAGAAGCGUCAGCCAUAUCUCACGGAAGAGAAGGGCAGUCAAUUAGAGAGCCUGUCCCUUACAAAGAAAUCUGUCUCGAUCGCUGUAUGCAAGCCGUUCUCCUGACUACAUUUGGUGGCAACACAGCAUUUUUCAUCUUCUUGCACUAUGGGCCGACAUUUAUCAACCAGGCUCUGGGACUCGAUAUAACUGAGACUGGAUUCGCCACUGCUCUGCCAUAUGCACUCUGUUUGAUAUUAAAAUUCAUCGCGGGACCGAUAUUCGACCAUACUACGUCCAUUUCCGAGAAGAAUCGUAUGAUCAUGUUCGCAUCGCUAUCACAAGGUGUCAUGAUGAUGGGUUUCUUCGUGCUUUCACAGGUUUCAAACAAGCUCGUUGCUCAAAUUGCAUACACUGCAGCAGUCGCGUUCAAUGGCUUGAAUAUUGUUGGUUCGAUCAAGUGCGCUCAAGUGUGGUCACGUCUGUUUCUUGGCGUUGGCUUCUUCGUGCUCGUAUGUAACAUCCCAUUCCUGUUCCUGGCUAGCAGCGAGCCGGCGCCAUGGACGAAAUCCGCUGCAUUCCGUGCGGCGAGCAGUAAAAGUGCAAUGUUGCAGUCUAUGACGUCAGUGGAGAAACUCGACAGCAAAAUUCAUCCCGAAACACCUCUUCGUGGCGAAGUCAGAGAUCUCGAAGAAGCUCUAUAUCAAAAAAGUGAAAAGAACCUUGGCUUGAGGGAUCGCAGCGAAUCCACUGAUGACGAAAACUCAGCGGUCCACAAGCGCUUUGCGGUGUGA